ACAUUGUCAUCUUUCCUUUCUUUUCUCGCCAUUCUCGUCUCUCCUUCUCGAUCUCCAUCUUUGAAGAAACCCUCGAAGAAAUCCUCGGUUUGAGAGGAUCCAUCCAUCAUCUCCUCUCGAUCGCUGCUCCAAUGGCCACCAUCGGGAACAACAACCUCAACGCUAAGCUCGUGCUUCUUGGGGACAUGGGUGCCGGCAAGUCGAGCCUCGUCCUCCGCUUCGUCAAGGGCCAGUUUCUUGAGUUUCAGGAGUCAACGAUCGGUGCCGCGUUCUUCUCGCAGACCCUGGCGGUGAACGAUGCCACGGUGAAGUUUGAGAUCUGGGACACAGCUGGGCAAGAGCGGUACCAUAGUCUUGCUCCGAUGUACUACCGCGGCGCCGCUGCCGCUAUCAUCGUCUAUGAUAUCUCCAGCACGGAAUCAUUUGAGAGAGCGAAGAAGUGGGUGCAAGAGCUGCAAAAACAAGGUAAUCCCAACAUGGUGACGGCACUUGCAGGAAAUAAGGCUGAUUUGGAGGAUAAAAGGAAGGUUUCUGCCGAGGAAGCACAAACAUAUGCACAAGAAAAUGGCCUUUUCUUCAUGGAGACAUCUGCUAAAACUGCCAAAAAUGUCAAUGAAAUAUUCUAUGAGAUAGCUAGAAGGUUGCCGCGUGCACAGCCAGCUCAGAAUCCAGCGGGGAUCGUUCUUGCAGAUAGACCAGCUGAGCGAGCACAAACUUCUGCUUGCUGUUCUUAGGAGUACUGGUUUCUUUUGCCCUCAACUCCUGCCACUGGGAUUCUGUUGAAAUAGCCAGAGGCUUUUGGAAGUUGAACAGGAAUAAGUGAUCAAAUGAGGAGUUGAGAGCAGAAUGAUGUACAUUCAGUUUCUCCCAAGUCAUUACCUUUUCUACUUAGAAUUAUGUCUCGCCUAAACUCCCGUAAAAUUUGUACCAUGUAGAGAUCUCUAUGUGCUGCUCCAAACAUGACUGCAUCAGUAUAAAAUGCUCUAGUAUUCUCUUCAAAAUGUCGCUCUACUGCCAAGUGUGCUAAAUUUUUUUUUUUUUUUAAAUUUUAUAUUUCUAAAAUAAAUGAAUGUAUAAAAGAUUCAUUUUUAUGGCUUAUUUUCAGUUUGCUGA